UGGAGGUACUACGGGGAGAGAACGACGGAGCGGAGAGUCAUUCAGGGUUAAAAUAUUCCGCCUUGGGGGGUGGGGGAGGACAUACUUCACUGCCAACCCGGUGACAAGGUUGGGUCUGCGGUGCCUGCAACCCAGGAAAACAUGGAGCUCGAGAAUAUCGUGGCCAACACAGUCCUGUUGAAAGCAAGAGAAGGAGGUGGUGGAAACAGAAAAGGAAAGAGCAAGAAAUGGAAACAGAUGCUUCAGUUCCCCCACAUCAGCCUGUGUGAGGAGCUCCGGCAAACUACAGAGAAAUACUAUAACAGCCUUUGUGAGCGGCAGCCAAUCGGACGCAUGCUCUUUCGGCAGUUCUGUGAAACCCGGGUUGAGCUGAGGCGCUGUGUCAAAUUCCUGGACACUGUGGCAGAGUAUGAGGUCAGUCCAGAUGAGAAGAGGAGGGAGUGUGCUCAGGAGCUCCUAGACAAGUACUUCAGCCCAAAGUCAGAGGAUCAUGUCCCCGAGUUGGGGGAGGAAAUGAUGGGUCAGUUUACAGAGAGACUGGAGCAGGAGCAGGAGCCCUGUAAAGAACUCUUCAACGAGUGCACCAAACUGAUCCAUGACUACCUGAGCGUGGCUCCCUUCGCAGACUACCUCGACAGCAUGUACUAUAACCGAUUCCUGCAGUGGAAGUGGCUGGAGAGGCAGCCAGUCACCAAGAACACAUUCCGACAGUACAGGGUAUUAGGAAAGGGAGGCUUUGGGGAGGUGUGUGCUUGCCAGGUGCGAGCCACAGGAAAGAUGUACGCGUGUAAGAAGUUGGAGAAGAAGAGGAUUAAGAAGAGGAAAGGAGAGUCCAUGGCCUUGAACGAGAAGCAGAUUUUAGAGAAAGUCAACAGUAGGUUUGUAGUGAGUCUAGCGUACGCCUAUGAGACGAAGGACGCUCUGUGUCUGGUGCUCACCCUGAUGAAUGGGGGAGACCUCAAGUUCCACAUCUACCACAUGGGAGACGCCGGCUUUGAGGAGAAGAGGGCUGUGUUCUACUCUGCCGAGCUGGCCUGUGGCCUGGAGGACUUGCACAGAGAGAGGAUCGUCUACAGGGACCUGAAGCCUGAGAACAUACUAUUGGACGACCAUGGCCAUAUCCGGAUAUCAGACCUGGGGUUGGCUGUCCACGUGCCCGAGGGAGAGACUAUCAAGGGUCGAGUUGGCACCGUUGGGUACAUGGCUCCGGAGGUGGUUAAGAAUGAGCGCUACACAUUCAGCCCAGACUGGUGGGCGCUGGGCUGUCUGCUGUAUGAGAUGAUCGAGGGCCAGUCUCCCUUCCAGCAGCGCAAGAAGAAGAUCAAACGUGAGGAAGUGGAGAGGCUGGUCAGAGACGUGGAGGAGGAGUACUCAGACAAGUUCUCAGAGGACACCAAGUCCCUCUGCAAAAUGCUGCUGGCCAAAGAGCCCAGUGAGAGGCUGGGCUGCCAGGGGGAGGGUGCUACGGAGGUGAAGGCCCACCACAUCUUCCGAUCCAUCAACUUUAAAAGGCUGAAGGCUGGCAGGCUGAAGGCCCCCUUCACCCCUGAUCCCCAGGCCAUUUACUGUAAGGACGUACUGGACAUCGAGCAGUUCUCCACGGUCAAGGGGGUGGAGUUAGAGCCCAAAGAUGACUCCUUCUACUGUAAAGUGUCCACAGGCAGCGUGUCCAUCCCCUGGCAGAUGGAGAUGAUCGAGUCUGAGUGCUUUCAGGAGCUCAAUGUGUUUCACACAGACGGGACAGUUCCCCCGGACCUGGACUGGAGAGGACAGCCCUCGCCACCACCCAAGCAAGGGCUGCUGCAGAGGCUCUUUGGGAGACAGGACUGUUGUGGGAACUGCAGCGACAGUGACGAAGAGCCCACCAGGCUGUGACUGAGCUCCCUCCUACCAACUACACCAAGGAUCUCAUUUGUUUACAAAUUUUGCACAUUUGUAUCUUUAAGAUAGUUCUAUAUAAAUAUUGGAAUGUAUAUUUUCAGUAUAUAGCCAUAAAGUCCAUGUCAUUUAAAUGUAAUCAUUAUUCAGAACCCAUCAUAGGAGGCAACAACAGGUAAGCCUAACACUGCUAUGUGGUCACCCCCCCAAUCUGUUGAUAGUGUUGUCAGCUUUUCUUUCUAAUUUUCUUUCUAUUUUAAAAAAUGUCGACCGUGCUCAGAUUGCUAAGUGUUUCUGAAUGGGGGAUGAAUGAAAAGUGUACGUCCACAACUAUUUUUAUAUUUAUAUUUUAUUUACUUCAUGUAAUUCUAGGCAAUCAAAUUAGGAAUGUUGUGUGAACUGUAAGCUUAAAGGAAAUUGAAGACUAAGGUGAACUUUUGGUAUGAGGUGAUACAUUAUGUACAUUCUAGGGUUCAAUCUAGAGACACUUGAUAUAAACCAAAUAGAUAUAACUUAACAAUGCAUAUGUAAGUGCAAACAAGUGUAUAAUUUGUGACACUCGCCUCUAAAGUCCUAAGUGUGUCUUCCAAUGAAUCUGAGUUUAGGUAGAAAGCAUGUUAGUUCCCAACCAUAUUAGGAGCUAGAGAAGUGAAUUGACAAAAAAAAAAAACUUAAUUGUAGUACAGUCAUUCAGUUGUAAGAAAUGACCUUUUUCAUAAGACGUGGAUAGCCGAGAAUGGCCUUGAGUUUCCUCUACCAUGACAUCCUCUAGAUGGCUACACGUUUGUCACGGAGCACUUGAGUUUAAUUAAGCAAUGCACUUAUGACCAAACCGGUUUGUUUUCAUCCUCCAAAUAUUUUUUAGGAUUAAUUCCUUCCCAUUCAAGGUUCCUUUGAUGGUUUAUGGUACUCUAUAUAAUUACCAUAUUUUAUCAAAUCUAACAAAGCUGUCUGUCAAGUAGGUUGAGACCAUGCUGCGUCUCUCUCCCUCUGCUGUACCUCGUGUUCCUUUGCCGUGCUGAUGUGUUUCUCUGCAUCGUGUAACUCAGUGGGAUUCUCCUUGUAAAUGUGGGACUAUAAUAGGACUGAGGGACUGAGCUCCCUGACAGACUAUGGGUCUAUGGUAUCACCCUCUGAACCCUCCUUACCAGAGACUCUAUCAGACUGAGGAAGAAGAAGGUUCAACGGGGAAGGGAGGGGUCACCGAGAGGUCAAACCAUCUCAAUGUAAAGCUCAGCACUCUUACGGAAAUUGGAAGAGACUCCCAAACUCCUCCUACCAUCCUCGUCUCUCAUUAUCAAAUCAUGUUUUAUCGUAUGUGAUUCUCAAAUUAACUUGCCUACAUUCCACUCUAUACCGUACUGUACAGUGUAAAGUUAUGCUACUUUUGUUUAUUUUGCAAUGUUUUUUUUACCAGUGUAAAGUUACAACUACAACAACAAUAACAGUUCCACCAUGAAACUAGAAUAGGACUGAAAGUAAGAUUAGUAUGAUUUCUCUUUACGAUGUGCUCCUGAGCCAGGCUUACACACUGUGAGAGGAGGGAGGGCUUCUGUCUGUCUCUGCAUCCAUGAAACACCUCUGACACUUUCUUUUUGCAAUGCACUGAUGUUUUUUGUGUGUGUGUACGCAUGUGUCCAUAUGUUACCAUAACCACUAGACUCUGUACCCACUUGGCACAAACUGGUCAAGUCAACGUUGUUUCAACGUAAUUUGUCAACGUAUUGUGACGUGGAAAAUACAUUGGAUUUGAAAAAAGUAAUCAACUGUUGUAAUUUCAACCACAGGAAUAUAUCAUCAUAAUAACCAAUUUUCUAAAUAUGUUGAAUUUGUACCUUUGAAACAACAUCAGAUCUUCAACAUAAUGUCCACUAUAAGAAAACAACUGUAGGCAGGGGGGAGGGGAGGGUUCUACUAAGCUAACAUAGGGAAUUGUUUUAAGAUAGCUAAAUUAUCCAUCAUAUGACUAUUUGAUUCAGAAUUGUAGGACCCCUGUAGGUAUCCCCCCAUUGAUUUUGGCCUUCACCACUAUAGUGCAUUGAGUAACACAUUCAUAUGUGGGAAAACAGACAGAUAAGGAAUAAGGUUUUUGAUGUCUGUCCUAUUUAUAGGAGAUAUAAGAAAGCUCAGGAAAUAUUUUUGUUUUUUGAACACAUUUAACCCCUAUUAUUGUUGGCACAAAACUAACUCUAACCUUCCGUUCAUUUUUUAAAACUGGUACUGGGUUACAUUCAGACCGGUCCCGUGACACUUGUGGGGAUCGUAGAGCAAAACCAGUGUGUUCUUUAGUUUCAUCUUUCCAUAGAGUGGUUAUAUUCGUUAGUAGGCCAAACCGUUCAGACGUUUUUGUAAGAAGACCGAUUUUUGGGAUGUGUCCUGGUCUGACAAACAGCGCCGUAGCUCUGCCAUUUUCUACUGCAGUGGCGGAAGGCCGACAUAGGCGGAUACAGUGGAUUGAGAUGCAACCCAUGCAAAAAAACUAACUGAUGGAUUUUGAUUGGGAUUCUUUUGUUUGUUAAUUAGAUUGACGCACUUAAGGAUAUUUUUACCAAGCCCAGCCCUGCUAAACGUUGAUAUUUGUCACCGAUUGUUACUAAUGUGCUAUCGUGAGAAUGAUUGUUGAUUAGCAACAGUGAAUCUAUCAAAGUCAAGGGUAGGUAUAACAGAGCAAAUGAAAUAUGACCAUAUAUCAUCAAUGAUGAUAUUUAGGCCUAUAUAGCAUUUCUAAAGUCAUCAACAGCUAUUGUUUCAAUUCAACACAGGAUUCAAGCUUUGGUUGAUUUCAAAUGGAAUCUACAAGUUAGUAAAAUAUAAAGUUGGAUUCAUGUCUCCAUCUCAACCAAAAAUCUAAGUUAAACAAUGACUAAAUUAAAUCAAACUGUAUUUAAAGUGCAUUUAAUGUUUCAUCUGAUUUAGCCCUAUUAAUUCAAAUUGUAAGUAUACAUUUGUAGACAAACUGGAAUUAAAGCCAGACCGUGGCACGGACGAAACUAUCCAAGGACACAUCUCCUUCAAAUGUCUAUAUUUGGUUGCGUUGACAACCAAGCACAAUUCAAUAUUUUUGCAAUACAGUAAAUAUCCUAUUAACUUGUCAAUCAGUUAACAAAUUAAUUGUGUGAUUCAGGUCUUUAUCUCAACAGAAAAUAAAAGUUAGAGAAUAGGAUUAAGCCAGUGGCUCAGAUGGAACUAUACAAGCAGCAGAUAUUUCCUUUAAAUGUUUAUUUGUUUGCGUUGUCAACCAAACACAAUUCAAUAUUGCUUUUGUAAUACAGUAAAUAGCUUAAAGUUAUCUUACAAACUAAAGUAACACUAUUUAUUCAACUUUAAAAUGAGUAUCACAUCCCUGGCCACAUUGAGGUUACUGUAACAAUAAAUGUCUUAUGUAAUCAUAGAAAGUGUGCAUGUUCAAGAUAGCAUGCAAAUGUCGCAGGUCUGUGGAGAUUUCCUUGCCCUGGCUACCCAAACCCUUUGCUCCAGCCAAACGUUACGCCAUGCCCACAAACGUUAGUUUGUUCUCCGCAAUGAGUCUGGAUCUGUGUACCUCCCUGACGAUUUCUAGAAUUCUCCACGUUGAGAUUACAUGGUGUGCAAAGUGGGUACCCACGUAUGCAAGAACUGGUUAAAUCAAUGUUGUUUCCACAUCAACGUGAUGUUGAAUUAACGUGGAAAACUGACUGGAUUUUUCACCCAACUUUUAUUCUAAAUCCAAUGACAUGGUGAGAUUUUGUGUUGAAUUCACAGUUGACAACUCAACCAAAUGUAACUCAACUAGAUGUGGAACUGAUGUCUGUGCCCAGUGGGUAAGGUACUGCUCAUGAUGAGUGAACAUGCUACUGUACUAAAGGGAGUUCUCUGAACGUUCUCUGAAUGUCAGGAGGUUGUCUAAAUCUCUGUUAGCUUCCCAAGCCCAACAGGAGAGCACUAAACAACAGGUUUUGACAGUGGGUAUGAGAACAGUUACAUUUGACCAAACACAUACUUAAUUUUUACCUCAGUAAAGAAUGCCGUAGUUAGUAGAGUACCAACAAUUAAAGCACUGAAAGGGAUGAAUACAACAUAAGUCAAACUACAAUAUACACUACAUGGCCAUAAGUAUGUGGACACCCCUUCAAAUUAGUUGAUUCGGCUAUUUCAACCACACCCGUUGCUGACAGGUGUAUAAAAUCGAGCACACAGCCAUGCAAUCUCCAUAGACAAACAUUGGCGUUAAAAUGGCCCAUACUACUGAUGAGCUCAGUGAAAUCAACGUGGCACCGUCAUAGGAUGUUACCUUUCCAACAUGUCAGUUUGGAAAAUUUCUGCCCUGCAAAACUGUAAGGGCUGUUAUUGUGGAAAGCCGCGAAUUGGUAGGCCACACAAGCUCACAGAAUGGGACCACCGAGUGCAUGAAGCACAUAGCGCGUCAAAAAAUCAUCUGUCCUCGGUUGCAACGCUCACUACUCAGUUGCAAACUGCCUCUGGAAGCAACGUCAGCAAAUUACUGUUUGUCGGGAGCUUCAUGA